GGUGUCGGUGGGCGGGGCUCCAUGAUCCCGGUCUGGAUGCACAGCGAGCAGGAGAGACAGGGCUGGACAGGACUUCAGCCAUAUUCCAGACUACUAUAACCGGCCAGUGGGAGCUGGUUUAAUUGGAGAAGCCACAUACAAAGCCAAACAACAAUCCUUCAAUUCAAUUUCAAAUUAAGCUACCAAUAUAUUUGGAUAGUCAUGGGAACACCAUAGUUAGCAUUCCAAACUACUGCGAAUGGACGACGCAUGAGGCUGAGCCUUGAUCGACGGAAAAACACCCUGAGACAACCCAUUUUUUAAAGUGGAAAGUGGAGAUUUGUUUAGGAUUAGAGCAAAUGGGACCAGCUGGAUCUCGAAUCUGAGGGAAAGUAACAUGGUGGCUUCGGGAACAACCCAAAUAACGCACCAGGACCAUAAAAUAGCAUUUUAACAAAAUGUCGGGUUUGUAGCUGUUAGUUGAAGAAGUCCGGGAGUUCAGCUCUCCACCUCGACCAGAUAAACCCUCUGUUUUUUGUUUGCGCGAGGAGGGGGAGGCAGGGUCACCCCGUCGGCUCGACAGGAAUUUUUGGGGUGCUCGUUCUGGGGGAGGGAGUGGUAACUUGGAUAGAAGAAAAUGUCAGCGAAGGUGAGACUGAAGAAGUUGGAGCAGUUGCUCCUGGAUGGCCACCAGAAGAAUGAAAGUUCACUGAGCGUCGAAACGCUUCUGGAUAUUUUAAUAUGUUUAUACAACGAAUGCAGCAACUCGCCUCUAAGAAGGGAGAAAAAUGUGUCAGAAUUUCUGGAAUGGGUGAAGCCGUUCACCACCACGGUGAAGGAGAUGCGCCUGCACAGAGACGACUUUGAGAUGCUCAAGGUGAUCGGGCGGGGAGCGUUUGGAGAGGUUGCCGUGGUGAAAAUGAAAAACACAGAACGAGUGUAUGCUAUGAAGAUCCUGAACAAAUGGGAGAUGCUGAAGAGAGCUGAAACGGCCUGCUUUCGGGAGGAGAGGAACGUUCUGGUGAACGGGGACUGCCAGUGGAUCACCACGCUGCACUACGCCUUCCAGGACGACAACUUCCUGUACCUAGUUAUGGACUACUAUGUUGGAGGGGACCUGCUGACGUUGCUCAGCAAGUUUGAAGACAGGCUUCCGGAAGACAUGGCAAAGUUCUAUGUGGCAGAGAUGGUUCUGGCCAUCCAUUCCAUCCAUCAACAACACUAUGUGCACAGAGACAUCAAGCCAGACAACGUUUUGCUGGACAUGAACGGCCACAUCCGCCUGGCUGACUUUGGGUCCUGUCUGAAGAUGAUGGACGAUGGAACAGUGCAGUCUUCGGUCGCCGUGGGCACGCCGGACUACAUCUCCCCGGAGAUCCUGCAGGCCAUGGAGGACGGCAUGGGGAAGUACGGGCCCGAGUGCGACUGGUGGUCCCUGGGGGUGUGCAUGUACGAGAUGCUGUACGGGGAGACGCCCUUCUACGCCGAGUCGCUGGUGGAGACCUACGGCAAGAUCAUGAACCACGAAGAGCGCUUCCAGUUCCCCUCGCACAUCGCGGACGUCUCGGAGGACGCCAAGGACCUGAUCCAGCGGCUGAUCUGCGGCCGGGAGCGGCGGCUGGGCCAGAACGGCAUCGAGGACUUCAGGAAGCACCCCUUCUUCAGCGGCAUCGACUGGGACAACAUCCGCAACACCGGCGCGCCCUACAUCCCCGACGUCAGCUCCCCCUCCGACACCUCCAACUUCGACGUGGAUGACGAUGUCCUCAAAAACCCGGACAUCGUGCCUCCAGUGUCCCACACCGGCUUCUCCGGGCAGCACCUGCCCUUCGUGGGCUUCACGUACACCACGGACAGCUGCUUCUCGGACCGCGGCAGCCUGCAGCAGGGGGCCGACGGCUCGGGGCCCGAGGGGGACGUGCCCCGGGACGCGGAGAACAGCCUGCAGGUGGAGGCCUUCGAGAGGAGGAUCAAGAGGCUGGAGCAGGAGAAGCUGGAGCUCAGCCGCAAGCUGCAAGAAUCCACCCAGGCAGUGCAGUCUCUCCACGGGUCAGGCCGCGGGGUGGGCACAGCCAGCAGGGACAAGGAGAUGAAGAAGCUCAACGAGGAGAUCGAGCGGCUGAAGAAGAAGCUGGCAGACUCCGACCGGCUGGAGCACCAGCUGGAGGAGGCGGUCACUCUUCGGCAGGACUUCGAAAGCUCCUCCUCGAAACUGAAGGCUCUCGACAAGCAGGUCAAAGCACUUAGGCAGGAGAAGGAAGACAUCCACAAGCAACUGGUGGAGUCCCUGGAGAGGCUCAAGUCCCAGACCAAGGAGCUGAAGGACGCGCACCAGCAGCGCAAGCUGGCCAUGCAGGAGUUCUCGGAGCUGAACGAGCGCAUGGCCGAGCUGCGCUCCCACAAGCAGCGGCUCUCCCGCCAGCUCCGCGACAAGGAGGAGGAGAUGGAGGUGGUCAUGCAGAAAAUCGACGCCAUGCGUCAGGAAAUCCGCAAGACUGAGAAGGCCCGCAAGGAGCUGGAGGCUCAGCUGGAAGACGCCAAGGCAGAAGCGUCCAAGGAGCGCAAGCUGCGGGAGCACAGCGAGAGCUACUCCAAGCAGCUGGAGAGCGAGCUGGAGACCCUGAAGGUGAAGCAGGGCAGCGGGCGGGCGGCAGGUCUGAGCCCGGAGACCCAGCAGGAGCUCUCCAAGGUGAAGUCGGAGCUGGAUAAGAAGGUGCUGUUCUACGAGGAGGAGCUGGUGCGCGUGGAGGCCUCCCACUCCACGGAGCUGAAGAACCUGCGCAAGGAGCUGCACGACUCGGAGGGCCAGCAGCUCUCCCUCCACAAGGAGCUGCUCAUGCUCAAGGACAAGCUGGAGAAGUCCAAGAGAGAGCGGCAAAGCGAGAUGGACGAGGCGCUGGGCACCCUGAAGGACAAGUACGAGCGCGAGCGCGCCAUGCUGACCGAGGAGAACCGCAAGCUGACCGGCGAGUCGGACAAGCUCUGCACCUUCGUGGACAAGCUGACCGCACAGAACCGGCAGCUGGAGGACGAGCUGCAGGACCUGGCCGCCAAGAAGGAGAGCGUGGCGCACUGGGAGGCGCAGAUCGCCGAGAUCAUCCAGUGGGUGAGCGAUGAGAAGGACGCUCGCGGCUACCUGCAGGCCCUGGCCUCUAAGAUGACCGAAGAGCUGGACUCCCUCCGCAGCUCCAGCCUGGGCUCCAGACCCAUGCAAGGCUCAGGACUAAGCAUCCCCUUUCAGAGGUCCAUGGUCCCCCAUGGCGGGGACAGGCUGGACCCCUUGUGGAAAGUGCGUCGCAGUCAGAAGCUGGACAUGUCAGCCCGGCUGGAGCUGCAGUCUGCGCUGGAUGCGGAGAUCAGGGCGAAGCAGUUAGUGCAGGAAGAGCUGCGCAAGGUUAAGGCUGCCAACAUCUCCUUUGAGAGCAAGCUGAAGGACUCUGAAGCUAAGAACCGGGAGAUGGCUGAAAAGAUGGAGAGCAUGAAGAAGGAACUGGAGGACAACCGGUCUCGGACAGACAAAGGUUUAAAGCUCCCGGACUUCCAGGACUCCAUUUUUGAGUACUUCAACACUUCCCCGCUUGCCCACGACCUCACUUUCAGACCCAGCUCCAUCGGCGAGCUGGAUUCCACAGCCCAGAAGGCCGACGUCCCCUCUUCCUCCUCGGUGGCCGCGGACCAGGACGAGCCAGUCAAGCCCCCGCCAGCUGCCCCUGUUGCCGCCUCCCCCGUGUAUCAGUCAUCGUUGCUGAUGGCGCCAAAGCCCAAGGCUCACCAGCUGAGCAUAAAGACAUUCUCCAGCCCCACCCAGUGCACCCACUGUACCUCCCUGAUGGUGGGCCUCAUCCGCCAGGGCUACGCCUGUGAAGUGUGCUCCUUCAUCUGCCAUGUGUCCUGUAAGGACAACGCGCCCCUGGUGUGCCCCAUCCCCCCGGAGCAGGCCAAGAGGCCCCUGGGCAUCGAUGUGCAGAGGGGCAUCGGGACGGCAUACAAAGGAUUUGUCAGGAUUCCAAAGCCCACGGGGGUGAAGAAGGGCUGGCAGCGGGCCUACGCAGUGGUGUGUGACUGCAAGCUCUUCCUGUACGAUGUCCCCGAGGGGAAGUCCACUCAGCCGGGGGUCGUGGCCAGCCAGGUGCUGGACCUCAGAGACGAGGAGUUUUCUGUGAGCUCGGUCCUGGCGUCAGACGUGAUCCACGCCACUCGCAAAGACGUCCCCUGUAUAUUCAGAGUGACCUCAUCCUUGCUGAGCUCGCCGGCGCGCACCGUGUCGCUGCUGGUGCUGGCCGAGAGCGAGGCGGAGAAGAGAAAGUGGGUGGGCAUCCUGGAGGGCCUGCAGAACAUCCUGACGAAGAACAAGCUGAGGAACCACGUGGUGCACGUUCUGCAGGAGGCCUACGACAGCAGCCUGCCCGCCAUCAAGUCCACGCUGUCGGCCGCCAUCGUGGACCGGGAGCGCAUAGCCCUGGGCACCGAGGAAGGAUUGUAUGUGGUGGAAGUCACUAGAGAUGUGAUCGUGCGAGCGGCAGACUGUAAGAAGGUGCAUCAGAUUGAGCUCAUCCCCAAAGAGAAGAUCGUGGUGCUGCUGUGCGGCCGCAACCGCCACGUGCACCUCCACCCCUGGGGGGCGCUGGACGGGGCCGAGGGCAGCUUCGACAUCAAGCUGCCGGACACUAAGGGCUGCCAGGCCCUGACCACGGGCAGCCUGCGCCCCGGCGGGCCCCCCUGCCUCCUGGCCGCCGUCAAGCGGCAGGUGCUGUGCUACGAGAUCACCCGCACCAAGCCGCACCACAAGAGGCUGUGGGAGGUGCAGGCGCCGGGCGUGGCGCAGUGGCUGGGCAUGGUGCGGGACCGGCUGUGCGUGGGCUACCCGUCCGGCUUCGCCCUGCUCAGCCUGCUGGGCGACUCGUCCCCCGUCAGCCUGGUCAGCCCCUCGGACCCCUCGCUGUCCUUCCUGAGCCAGCAGCCGCUGGACGCCCUGCACGCCAUGGAGGUGGGGGCCGAGGAGCACCUGCUCUGCUUCAGCCAGCUGGGCGUGUACGUGGACCAGCAGGGCCGGCGCUCCCGCACCCAGGAGCUCAUGUGGCCCGCCAGCCCCAUCGCCUGCAGCUCAAACCCUUCCUAUCUGACCGUCUACAGUGACUACGGUAUUGACGUCUUUGACGUCAACACCACCGAGUGGGUCCAGACCAUUUCCCUUAGAAAGAUCCGUCCUCUGAAUGUGGAGGGCAGUCUUAACCUGCUCGGCUCAGAGCAGCCUCGCCUCAUCUACUUCAGCAGCAGCUCCUCAGAGAGCUCUGACCUGGCAGUCCCCGAAACGUCUGACAACAGCAAGAAGCUGAUGGUGAGGACCCGCAGCAAGAGGAAGUUCCUCUUCAAAGUGCCCGAGGAGGAGCGGCUCCAGCAGAGGAGGGAGAUGCUGAGGGACCCGGAGCUGCGGUCCAAGAUGAUCUCCAACCCAAUCAACUUCAACCACGUGGCGCACAUGGGCCCAGGGGACGGCAUGCAGGUCCUAAUGGAUCUGCCUCUGCAGAGUGAAAUUCCUUCCCCCUCAUCCUCCCGACACCAUGCUUUGAUAUCUCCUCCAACCAACUUUGAGCACGUCUAUCACAUGAGUCCUAUUUCUGCAGAAAUCUAUCUCCAGAAAGAGCCUUCCUCUCUGCAGAGCCUGCCUCAGGUCUCCUCCUCCUCUUCCUCCUCUCCUUCCACCUCCUCCUUAGGAAGGAGCGUGCUGCCAUCUUCCCAGGAUGAGUCUGUGAAAGAGAGGCCACGCCCAGUCUCCAGUAUCUCCCGGCAACAGAGAAGCAAGUCUUACAUCACGCGCACUGCCUCAGGGGGCGGGGACUUCAGUGGCGCAGUAUCAUCCCGCCAUAUCUCUGAUCCUGACCAGGACUUUGAGAGAGAGCCCGACUCUGACUCCACCAAACACUCGACCCCCUCCAACAGCUCCAACCCCAGCAGCCCCCCCAGCCCCAACUCGCCCCAUCGCAGCCAGCUGACCCUGGACGGGCUGGACCACACCACCUUCGACGCCUGACCCCCCCGUCUCCACCCCAGAGAGCACAGCACGCACCCCCAUCUACGCAACUUGAACUUCUAUUGCUGCAAAGUGCCAAGCAGACUCCCUGAUUUCCGUUGUCCUCCCCACCCCCUAGGUCCUUCCCACUAAUUUAAUUUUAUGCUCUCUAACCUUGAGGAGUGUUGCUUCAUGUUAAAUCAGGGGUCGGUGCCGUCAUUCGUAAAUGCCAGUCCCCCCCUCUAACCAGGCCCAUGGUGGAACUGUCAAUGGGCAGCCAUUUUCUAUCCUUUGUGUCUGUAGUCUUCGCUCACUGAGUGAUGGACAAUGCAGUGAGGGAAUCACAGACAGAAUCCUAACCCUCCCAAGCUUUUAAAGGUUCUUGUUUUUAUUUCUUGCUGUGAAAAAGCAGCUGCCAGGAUGUGACCGUGAGUCUGCUAGUGUGAUGGGACUGGGACCGGAGUUUGGGGUGUGGCCAAACCACGGACACCGUACUGACGCUGUGCUGUUAAGAGUGAGCCAGAUUUAGACUUGGUCAGUGUGUGAAACGGUGCCCCUUUCAGGCAACCAAGAGGUGUUAUAGCUACAGGGUAAAAUCUUAAGUUUGUUGGAGCUCAGUGGAUUUCUCAAUAUCCUUUUUCCCACAAGUGAUUUCUUUCUUUUUUACAUUGAUACAUAAUGUAUGCAUAGAGCUGCAAGGAGCUGAAUUAACCUUGGGAUCAUCGAUUAAGGGAUACAACAAAAAAAAUAAUGAUAACAAUGACGAUGAAAUGCCCUAAUCAUAGAUACUAUUUUGCGGCAUAUUUUCUUCUUAAAUGUAUAGCACACAUAUGCAAAUGUUAACUUGUCACAGUGGGUAUUGGUGUAGAGCUGCAUUCGUAAAGAAAGUGACCUUUCCCAGGACAGUGAAGGUAGCUUUCUUCCUCUCCUGUGUUCUCCCAGUUGUGUGAUGCUGGGACAGUUAGGGGUUGUUAAAGGAAGGAUUUGUCAAACAUGGCUUGGUUAGGGUCCGGCUACACCUUUUGGGCACUUUCAGCAAUCGUUCUCAGUAAGGCUGUGUAACAUUCAUACUUUAGUCUCAGUCUUUGCAGUAACCUACUGUAGAUGUAAGGCUGCCCGUUGCGUCAAGUGCUUAAACAGAACUAGUGUCACACGGCGCUACAGACAGGAUUAUUCAUAGGGCUUAUUACAGCUCACCACAAGCUGCUGCUGCUGCUUUUGUUUGUUAUGUAGACAUGCAUGGAGGCCCCACUCACCAUCACCCUCAAUCUCUCUUCAGUUUUUAAUGUAUUAAUUACAUAGGAAAGUCGUAGCACAGACUAGCCGCUGUGCACUGUGCAGCCAUUUGUCCACCUUUCCACCUGGUGGUACUGUUUUGUGUAUAUUUUUCUUUGUCAUGUAUUAUAAAUUCAAUCCAGAUGUUUGUGACUAUAUUUCAGUACAGACACAUGUAAUUUAAGGACUUGGCUGGCAUAUCCACUUUGUCACUCUAGUGUGCCUUCAGUGCCAUUUUAUAUAACAGUACCACAUCAGAUCUAUACUUCAGUAUCUUAACUUUACAAGCUAAUAGCUACAUACUACAAAUGGUGGUUGUUUUCUCCGAAACACUGUAUCAAACUUGCACAUUUUAUUAGUUUAAGAAAAUCUUUUGAGUUUGUGUCAUCUUAAUACCUGUCACAGUAAUCUGUAUUUUUAUUUUUCCCCUCUCUCUGUUCAGCCUCUGAAGAUGGGGCUUCAUUUGUCAAAACACUACUGCUUUUUUAAUCAAAAGGUGAAAUCUUUGUAAUUAUUGAAUUGUGAGCAAAUGUUUGAACAGACAAUAAAAAAGAGGGAGGUACUUGUUGCUGUGUUUUUAAACA